GGAAGUGAUGGGAAGCGCAGCCUUCCGCCACCGCCCUAUCCAAGAUGGCGGACCUCCACCGCCAACUGCAGGACUACCUGGCGCAGGGGAAGGGGAGCAGGCCAGUGGACACGGAGCCGAUGUUCGCCGCGGAGACAGCAGAGGAGGCCGCGAGCAGGAGCGGCCCAGCAGGGGCGUGGCAGGGCCGCGCAGGCCUGCGGUGGACCUGGGCGCAGAGCCCCCCAGAACCGGCGGAGGCGGGCCCGGCCUGUGUACCGAACGUGACACGCGGGCAGCAGCUGGCGGCAGGCGGCGGGUGCCUGCUGCUAGCCGCGUUCUGCUUCGGCCUAGCUGCGCUGUACGCGCCCGUGUUGCUGCUUCGUGCUCGCAAGUUUGGGCUGCUCUGGUCGUUGGGCUCGGCGCUGGCGCUGGCGGGCGGUGCGCUGCUGAGGGGCGGCGCGGCGUGUGGACGCCUGCUGCGCUGCGAGGAAACGCCGUCACGGCCCGCGCUCCUCUACCUGGCCUCCCUAGGUGCCACGCUGUAUGCGGCGCUGGCUGUGCGCAGCACGGCUCUUACCGUGUUGGGCGCCUGCGCGCAGGUGGGCGCGCUACUCGCCGUGCUAGCGGGCCUGCUGCCCUGGGGCGGCGCCACCGCCCUGCGCCUCGCGCUCGGCCGCGUGGGCCGUGACACCGGCCUCGCCAGCGCUCUCCCUGUGUGAGCCUCAGGACUCGGCGCCCUCGGGCAAGGACGCGACGCCAGCCUCGGACCGGCGCCCGCGGUGACACUCCCCGGCAACACCCCUGGACUGUGCGGGCGAGUCAAAGCUUUGAGUAGCUGUUAUGAAUAGAGACACCAGCAGUUUCGGCAGCUCCUUGAUCUCAGCGUUGCGUGCUGUACCUGGGAAGCAGUGAUCAAAUUUGGUAGUUGCAUUGUUGACAGCAUUUCUGAAACCUGUACUUGAAAUUGCUUAAGCACUGUGGUUUUAGAUUGAGCUGAGUAAAAAGGAAUGGCUCGACUUUGAAUUAGCUCCUUUCGUGAUUCUUCUCAGGCUUUUUGUUAUUUUUUAAAAUAUCCAGGGGUAGAUGUAGCUAAACUACAUUUGUGGUUUGGCUAUUAAGAUUUGGUAAUUAUUUUCUCUUACUCUUAAAUGUAAAUGAAUCUAGAAGAAAGUCAAAACACUAGUUUAGCUACUGGAUUUUUAAAACGACGGAUUACCUCGGUUUUUUCUUCAGUUAGAGAAAUAUGGUGACUUACAUGGAAAAUUAGUCCUGUAUUGGACAAGGAAAAUAGUGGACCGAAAGAGAAAUUUGCUGCCGAGGAAGCCUAGGGUUCAGUAAGAUACAUGUAAACGCUUGGAGAGGGAGCUGCAGAACCAAGGUAGAGAUAACUCUGCCAGAAUUCCUGUAUUUGAUGGAAAUUGAUGAAUUUCUGCAGUGUCUCAGCAUUCCUAAUACCUGUUUUUAAUGCAGUUAUUUGUAUACUUUUUAUAUAUAAUUGCUGUAUUUCCUUCAUUUUAUUCUUUCCAACCUUAAUUUAUUGCCAAAAGAUAAAAGUGCGGUAUUCUGAUGAGUACAGAAAAACUUCAUGUGUCGUCAGUAACUAGUACUAGAAAGUAAAAUGUAUUUAGGAAUUAAGAUUCUAUGCCAGUGGUUCUCAUACUUGAGAACAGAAUUACUUGAAGAGCCACACCUCAGAUUUCAUCAGAAUCUCUAGGGGUGGGACCAGGCUUCCGAAUGUUUUUAAAGCUCCUCGGAUGAUUCCAUGUCCAGCCAAGGUUGAGAACCACUUUGGCACUGGCUUUUGCAGUUGGAAUGUAAUUGUUUCCCCCAACUGAAUUCCAGUGUUGCCCUAACAGGCAAGCAAGAGAGUACAGCUUCUUCCUCAGCCCCGAAGUGCACGUAAUAUUCCUAAGACUUGUUCAGUGCCCGAAGCCCUGCCCCAGGAUGUGACCCUGAAGUGGUCAACACCCACAUCACUCGGUGGAUCCCCUACCUCAGAAGGAUAAACACAAGUGUUCAGGGAGGGAUUACUGUCAUCCAUUGCUGCUCAUUCUGGUCCCCUACUCAAAUUUCUGUUGUAGUUCUAAAUUUCUCUAGAAUUUAAAUGGCUACAGAUUUUUAAAUGUUUAACACAAUUUCUGUGUUGAAGCUAUUCUAUUUAACUCAAGAUUUCAAAAGUUCAUUUUCCAGAAUUUUCUCAAUUCAUUGUUUGAAAAUCUAGUUUUUAUAGGUUGUAAAAAAAAGUUUUUAUAAUAUUCAAAGCACAUGUAUUUUGUCAGUGAUGUUUUUAAAUGCCAUAUAUAUUCUAAGUAUUUAAUAAAUAUAUUUUUAUUUUCUGUAAAUGAAUUC